AUGGCCGAGUUCGAUGAGUUUGAUGACGACCUUGUCGGCUCCGAGUGGCUGGCGCAGGUCGAUGCCAUCGAGGCCCGGUGCCUGCAUGCGCCGCCCCCCGCCGGCCCCAAGACCGCACCGCCCAGGGAGGACGCGCUGGAUCCCGGUCUCGAAGAGCUCUUGCUACAGGGCUUUGACCAGCUCGACGACGAGAUCCAGAGAAGUCAGGGCGGGCGAGAGCCCCUGCAAGAUACGACGAACGUUGCGCGACCUGUGGCGGCCAAGCCGGCCCCUCUUACACAACAGGGUCUGUUUGGGCGGCCCGUUCAAGCGGCACCGCGCGCCGCGCACCGCCCAUCGUCGGAGGAGACGGCUUCUCAGGUACACACAGCGCAGGGUCUCGUGUCGCUUGCCGCUGCUCAAGGAGCAAUGCUUGGGCUCCGCAGCGGCAAGGUUUGGGACAACCGAAUAUUUUUGCAGCAGCAGAACCGCGUCGAAAAGCGCGCGCCAGACGACGACGGCUCCGAGGAGCUGCUCUUUGCUGAGCCUAUCCCUCACAGCUCACCGCGGCCUAUGGCUGUGGCCGUCGAUGAAGAGCAGGCGCAGACAUGGAUAUACCCCAUCAACAAGCCGCUGCGCUCGUACCAGCUGAACAUUGUGAAGAAGGCCCUCUUCAACAAUGUGCUCGUCGCUUUGCCGACUGGCCUGGGCAAGACAUUUAUUGCUGCAGUCGUCAUCCUCAACUAUGUGCGUUGGUUCCCGCGAGGUAAAAUUAUCUUUGUUGCCCCCACGCGCCCACUCGUGAAUCAGCAGCAGCAGGCCUGCCACAGCAUUUGCGGCCUGCCAUGGGACCUUGCGAUUGAGCUCACCGGCUCGACAAAACGCUCGUUACGCGACGACGAAUGGAAGAGCAAGCGUAUUUUUUACAUGACGCCGCAGACUUUUGAGAACGACUUGCUUUCGACGACAUGCGAUCCCAGCGAGGUCGUCUGUGUCGUGGUCGACGAGGCGCAUCGUGCCACCGGCAACUACGCGUACUGCAAGGUAAUCCGCCACCUCAUGUAUUUUAACCCUCAUUUCCGCGUACUGGCUUUGACUGCGACGCCAGGCAACCAUGCUGAGCGCGUACAAGAAGUGGUGAACAAUUUGCACAUCAACCGCAUUGAAAUCCGCACAGAGGAGGCGCUAGACAUCCAGCCAUACCUACACAAGAAGCGCGAAGACCUUGUACAGGUCCCCCUGCCCGGCGCCCUGGACUCUUUGCGGCGCCGCUGGGCGGCGCUCAUGCACGUGUACUACGACCCACUGCACAAGCACGGUGUGCUGCGAGCGUGUGAUCCGGCACAGCUGCGUGCAUUUGCUGUGCGCUCCGCGGGAGGCGAUCCAAAUGGGCGGGCGAUCCUCCAAGCCCGGCCGUUUUUGCGCGGCUUUCUGCAGCAGCUCGCGACGAUGUCGCAGAUCAUGCAAUACCUCACUGAGCAGUCUGUCCGCGUGUUCUGUGAACGCGUGCAGGCCAUGUCGGCACCCGGCAAGGGCACAACAAAACGCGAGCAAGUAUUUUCUACCCAGAAUGCCACGUUCCGUGAUCUGCUGGAAGAUAUUGAGACGGUACAGAGUGAUGCGCAGCUCAUUGUGCACCCCAAGAUGCAGAUGCUGCGUGACGUGCUCGCGCGCCACUUUGCUGAGCGCGACGCCACGCGUGCCAUGGUAUUCUGCACGUUUCGAGAAGUCGUUAACGAAAUUGUGGCGCUGCUUUGCGCGGCCGGAAUUCGCGCUACACCAUUUGUCGGCCAAGCAAGUGACUCGAAAGGGAAUCGAGGCUUCACGCAGCGCGUCCAGGAGCAGGUCAUUCGCGACUUCCAGCAAGGCACGUACCAGGUGCUGGUCGCGACGUCCAUUGGCGAAGAAGGGCUCGAUAUUGGCGAGGUCGAUCUCAUUGUGUGCUAUGAUGCAGUACGCGACUCGGUACGCGGGCUUCAGCGGAUCGGCCGCACAGGGCGCUUGCGCGAUGGCCGCGUCGUUGUCCUCAUGUCUGAGGGGCGCGAGGAAAGCAACUGGCAUCACUCCAAGGAAUCUUACAAGAGUGUACAGCGGCUGGUGCGCGACGCCAGGACGAUUGAGCUGUACACCGACGUACCACGCUUGGUGCCACCGCAUAUCCAGCCAGAGCCGAUUAUGCGUGAGGUCGAGCAGCCUGCGCCUGCGCCUGCCAAGAUGCGGCCGUCGGCCAAGCGCGAGCGGCGCGAAAAGCCGCCCCCUAGGACCAAGCGCCGCGCCCCGCCGCCACCCGAUGCCAAACUCACAUUUUGCUGGGCAACCGAGCUGCGCCAUCGUGACGAGCACCGCGAAGGCGAAGCGGAGCCUGUGUCUCCACCUGUGCCUCAGGAGCGCCCGCGCUCGUCCUCGAGCUCCCUCCUGCGCUCGAGCUCGCUGAACGGCACGGCCAACUUAUCGGACGACUCGGACGACCAGGCACUAUGUGCGCCGCUCUCGGCGCGGUCCAGCUCGGUCUUCUCGCCCACGCCUGCAGCGGCGCCUGCGGCGUCGCCCCACGUGGCCGCGCGCGCACGUACAGAGAGCGCGCCUGGUACACGAGGGCGUACGUUGGGUGUGCGGCAUGUCGCGCUGCGCAGUCCAUCGGCUGCGCCGGCUGCGCCGGCCGCGUCGCCCCCGCGCUUUGCGCCGCAUCCCCUGAUCGCUGCGCUUGAAGAAGGACUUGAUGUGGCGGAUGACAAGCCGAGCACGUCUACGAGCUCGGCGAAUGCGCCGCUGUUCUUCUCGCCGGAGCGGUCGUCGUCGCCAUCGCUGCAUGUGCAGACGCCUGCUGUUGCGCCUCCCAAGUCGCCCGUGCGGGCUCGGCGAAGCAAGCGGCGGCGGCCGUCGGCUUCGCACCACCAGCUAUUCUGUGACGAGGCUGAGCGUGAGACUGACUCGGACAUGCAUGGCGAGUCAGACGAGGACGACGACGGCCCAUCGACCAGCGAAGAGAACGACGACGAUCGCGCGGCCGUGGGCGACUUUGUGCCGACGCAACAGGCGGGCUACUGCCAGCAAGCCGUGUAUUUGCAGUCGAUGCUAUCGCAAGAGGCGCCGACACCGUUCCGGCGCCGCGAUCGCCUAUGGGAGCUUUUGCAGCGCCGCGACGCCAUGCGCCCCUCUUCUGAGGCUGAGCCACACUCUAUCGGCGAGUACUCACAGGACUCAUUUGUGGUGGGCGACGACGAAAUCUCAUGGGCCUCGUCGCAGGCCAGUAGCGCCGAUUAG